AUGGAAUACCAACGGCUCGGCAACAGCGGCCUCAAAGUAUCGCGCAUCAUUCUCGGAUGCAUGACAUACGGCAACCCGAGCUGGGAAGGGUCUCCAUGGGUUCUAGACGAGGAACAAUCACUACCUAUAUUAAAGAAAGCAUACGACAUGGGAAUCAACACCUUCGACACGGCGAACACAUAUUCCAACGGCAUAUCCGAAUCGAUCAUCGGAACAGCCCUCACACGAUACAACAUCCCACGAAGCAGAGUCGUGAUCAUGACAAAACUCUACUAUCCAGUUCUAGAAGACACUCCAGACUUGCGACCGAGCCCUGCAGUCAAUGAAGGUCUGCUCGUCAACCAGAUGGGACUGAGCCGAAAACACAUCUUCGACGCAGUCGAAGGAUCACUACGGCGACUGAAAACAGACUACAUCGAUGUCCUCCAGCUCCACCGGCUAGAUGCCAACACACCACCCGAAGAAACAAUGCGGGCGCUGCACGACCUCGUGCAAAUGGGCAAAGUGCGGUACCUGGGCGCGUCCAGCAUGCACUGCUGGGAAUUCGCGCGGCUGCAAUACACAGCCAAGAGGAAUGGCUGGACAACAUUCGUGAGCAUGCAGGGCCUGUACAAUCUGCUCUACCGCGAAGAAGAGCGCGAGAUGAAUCCCUUCUGCCAGGCCGAGGCCGUCGGGCUGGUUCCUUGGAGUCCGUUGGCGCGGGGCCUGUUGGCGCGACCGUGGCAGGAGAAGUCUGCUCGGGCCGACCAGGAUCAGAAGACGAAGAAGUGGUUUGUUGGUGACCAGAAUGAGGUGAUUGUCAAUCGGGUCGAGGAGCUGGCCCGCGAUAAGGGGUGUGGCAUGGGUGCUGUUGCCAUGGCUUGGCUGCUGAGGAAGGGCGCUUGUCCGAUUGUCGGUCUGAAUAGCAUUCAGAGGAUUGAGGCGGCGGUCGAGGCCUUCGAGGUGGAGCUUACGGACGGUGAGAUGACAUGGCUGGAGGAGCCCUACCGGCCGCUGGCGGUACAGGCAAUCUGA